AUGAGUCCGUCUCCAAGACUUGUAUAUGAAGAGCCGAAUGUUGAGAAUACGAUUCUUUACUUCACAUACCAGGCCUCAAGCCCGGCCAAGUUUUCGCCCUCCGAAGACGACAAGUUCAUCAUGCAUGGAGGCUCACCAUCAUACACGUUAAAGAUACACAACAACCGUGGUUUGCUACGAGACUUUUCCAGUGACCAGGUCUCGCUAUUUGUGCUCAGUUCGAGCUUGCUCAUAUGGUCGAAUUUGGAUGGUCUCGGUCUCGAGUUGCCCUACCAGUCGAUAUAUCUCCACGCUUUGGAAAACCGCACGCUUUAUUUGCAAGUGCAAAAUUGCAAGGAGUUGGGGCUGCUAGAUAGUGAUGCCGACAGUGUGGAAAUCAGGUUGGUGGAAGAUGAGCAGGUCUUGGGCAAUACAAAUCCACUUUUGCAGCGAAUAAGUGGCGGGGCUAGCGCCAUUUACGAGGCCAUGACGGUUUGUUCAGCCAUGCAUGCUGACUCAGAAGAAGACGAGGAAGAACUCCUACAAGAUGCUCAUCCUGGUGGCAGUGGCAGUAAUAGCGGGCUAAAAGCGAUUGAAAUCCCAGGCAGCUGGCUAAGCGACGGGGAGUUUGGUCCGGAAACUUUGCUUAAUAUCAACGGCCAAGCUGACGAUCUCGGUGACCACGAAGACGACGGAGGUUCCGUGGCUGGAAUGAGCGUGAAUAUUGGCAUAAGCUCGGUUCUAGGAGUCAAGAGGUCGGGUGAAGCUGAUGGUGGGUUGAUCCAAAGCAAGCGGAAUCGAGUUAAUUGA